AAAAAAUUUUUUCAAACUAAAAUUAAAUUUAAAAUGGUUGAUAAAGGUGAGGGUUAUUCUGCCUAUCAAGACUUGAAAGACAACUCUUUUUAUCAUGGCUAUCAACCUUUGAAGCCACGCAAGACCCCAAAAUUCUCGGCAGAGUAUGGAUUGGGUUCUGGAAUGCUAAAUAUGAAAAAGAGAAAGCAUUAG